CCUCGGCAGCGCGCGCGCGCACACACACACUCACAGAGGCAGCUAGACGGCAGAAGCGGCACCGCACUGCUCCUACACAAGUUAGAAGUCUUGGUCUCCGUUUUAAAACUUACCUCACCAUGUCGGUUUUGUGUUAUAACAAGGGCUGCGGGCAGCGGUUUGAUCCGGAGAGCAACCCAGACGAUGCCUGUACUUAUCACCCGGGAGUCCCGGUGUUCCACGAUGCCUUGAAGGGAUGGUCCUGCUGCAAGAGAAGAACCACCGACUUCUCCGACUUUCUCAGCAUCGCUGGCUGCACAAAGGGUCCCCACAACAAAGAGAAGCCCCCUGAGCCGGUGAAACCAGAUGUGAAAACAUCCGGAGAAAAGAAGGAGCUGGAGGCCCAGAAACCGAAGUUUAAUGAGUACAUCAUCUCUGCACCGAAGCCCCAAGAGGCGAUAAUCAGACCAAGCCCCGAUGAGCCGGUGAUGAGAAUGCAGCACAAAGUCUCUGCCUCUCUAAAGCAGGCGCUGGAGAAACUCAAAGUAUCCGACAAUACAACAGAGAAAAAAGAGGAAGAUGGCGACGAGAUCAAAAUUGGAGAAUCGUGUAAAAAUGGAGGAUGUACAAAAACUUUUGAGGGACCUUCAAGUGACUCCGACGUGUGCUCCUACCACUCCGGAGUCCCCAUCUUCCAUGAGGGGAUGAAAUACUGGAGCUGCUGUAAAAGGAAAACCUCCGACUUCAACACCUUCCUGUCUCAGGAGGGCUGCACAAAGGGAACUCAUCUAUGGAGGAAAAAGGAUUCGGGAAAGAAGGUGGUCCCCUGCCGGUUUGACUGGCACCAGACGGGGACGCAGGUCAUCAUUUCUAUUUAUGCCAAAAAUGCCGUCCCUGAGCUAAGCUACGUGGACGCCAACAGCACCAUGCUCAACAUCAACAUUAUAUUUGAUGGUGAAAAGGAAUUUCAACAGAAAAUCUGUUUGUGGGGAGUGAUAGAUGUGACCAAAAGCACAGUAAACAUGAUGGCAGCCAAGAUAGAGGUCGCCAUGAAGAAGGCCGAGCCGAUGUCCUGGGCUCGUCUGGACCUUCCGCCUCCUGUCCCCACUCCCAAGGAGGACGACAAAAAGAAAGAAGAGGCCGAUAGCGACGAUGAGGAUGAAGACGAAUGAUGAUGUCUUUACAUCUAGCUUAAUCAAAGACAGGAAGGCAUAUUUUAACUUAUUUACCUCUUUAAAGAAUGGCCUCUUUCGCAGUUACAGCAUUCUUUUAUUUCUCUGACGUUCACUGCAUUUUCCCCUUGUCCACCUUUUAUUAGUUCUGUCAUUUUUUCUCUCUCGCAGUUUGGAGUUCAUUCAAAGCUUGAAUGCUAAGCAAGUACGUUUUCCCAUUUGCACGCGGACAAAUGUAGGCGUUACUCAAGCGAGAUAACUCCCCUGUGUAUUUGCACUGAGGUUACCUUUAAACACGACCCGACACAGAGGGACAGCGAGGACCAGGGUCAGUGGCAGACUGCCGCUGUGACCGUGUCUCUACAGUGUUUGGUUAAAGAUGAUUCCGCCUGAACAUUUCCAUUUCCAUCCGGAUUUUAUACUCCAGCUGUGUAAUGUUUUGUCAUUCCAUCCUAUGGUUUCAAUUAUUAGAUAAAUAAUUAAAAAAAAUGUUCUGUUUAAUUGAUGUCCCCAACAAUUGUGACCUAUGUCUGCGUGAGGAAAAGAAACCCUCUAUAGGAUUUAAAUCCUCUAUAGGGGUGUAUGCUUAUUUAAAAUAGAAUUUAUUGAAAUAAACACCAUUAAGAAUCAUAGUUCAUCAGGUUUCAGGUCCCCCCCUUCUUACAGCAGAAAUAAGGGUUUGCUCCAGUCUUUUUUGUUUGUUUGUUUUUUUACAUUAUUUUCUGCAUUUAUUUUUGUACACUCUUGGUUGGAGUGACUGUAAUUCUUGUGACUAUACCACACUGCGGUUUUAAUGGGAAUGUACUGUAAUAUUUGAAUACGCCAAAUGAAUACUGAGUAUUUGGAGCAGAGUACUGUAUAAAUGAAAUGAUACACUAGACAGCAUGUGUCUAUGUUUAGUAUGUAUGAGGUUUAUUUGGCUUAAGGAGACCAUCAUAAGAGGAUCAUUAAGAGAAGAUUAUUCCAGCCCCUUCAAAAAAAAUAAAUAUUUCUUCAGUAAAUA